CCAGGGGACCCAGAGGCUUUAACUAUCCUGUCAGUGCUGAGGUGAGGGACUAUCGGUUGUCUGGCCGGUUUUAGCGGAUCAACCAGCUCGAUGGGAGUAAACACGUCUCCAGGCGUUGCUGUUGUACAUUUGAUGGCGAGGACUCCUUGAAGGGAAGGUUCACAGGCACAAAAUCAGACAAACAAUCAAAACAUGGGGAUUUUUCUCCUUUUGCUGUGUGUUUUUAAUGUCUCGUCGGUUCGUAGCAUUUUUGACGGAGCGUGUCCCAGAAAAGAGCCUCUUCCUGGUGUGUUGGUUUUAUCCCCCGGGAGUACGCUGGUUCUGACCUGCAGCGGUCACGUGAAGGUGGACGGAGUAAAAAUCAGCUUGAACAGAGACAACUCCAACACCAACAAAAGAAUAAGUUCUCCAGCCCCGACGCCAACUGCUCAGAGCAUUAUGAGCAGCAGUGAAGGUACAACUAGCAGCGGCAACAGUUCUAUGAAGAAUAAUGCAAGUGAGGGAUACGACUCCCUCUCCACUGAGGCCGGGGCCACGGCCGUUCCAGCAAAAAACAGAAGCCUCGGAUUUACAGACACUGGAUACACGGCUUCUCCUCACUUGGUCCAACCAACCAGCUCAAGCAGACGACUGAAGAGGGAAUCUGACUGGGAGUAUGACGACAUGGACUUUGAGGGCGAUUAUGAGGAUGUGGAGGGGGAAGAAGGUAACAGGGUGACCAGAGGCAUAAAGUCGAGGCCUCGGUGGAUGUGGAACAAGAAGACAGUCGGGAAAGGGGACAGAGACUGGGGAAAGGUCACAUUUGGGAGGAACGGCGCUGCACUGACUCUGGCCUCGGUGAGGCUGACAGACUCUGGGAAAUACGCUUGCCAUCACAGAGGCAGAGAAAGGUUUGCUGUAAAAGUCGUUGUUGCAGAUUCUCCAAAGACACCCAGCCUCUUCUGCUAUAAAAGAUCACCCAGCAGUAAGAUUCGCUGUGAAUCGUCGCCCCAAAAGACCUUCAUUAAACACCCUAGUUGUUACCUCGGUCUGAAUAAAAGAGUGACCAACUCCACAUUCGAGCAUUUUGCAUGCGCAUACUCAUUUCAGCACUCCCGUUGUUGGUGUGCACUGGAUUUCAACGAUGAUGACCUCAGAACCCUUCACGUGGUCUACCUUUGUCUUACAAGCAUCGGGGGCAGUGCCACCAGUGGCGUGCUUCAAUUUACCCCUCUAGGCAUUUUGAAGCCAGACCCUCCAGUGAACGCGAUAGUCAGACAAGAAGAAGGUCAACCAACGAAGCUGAAGGUCACCUGGAGUUUACCGCUGUCCUGGAAGAUGGAAGACGGACACUAUGAAUUAAUCUACGAGAUCAAAUACAGACCUUCCAAGUCCUCAUUUGAUCAUGAUCAGGUUUCAGGGUUAAUUAUACAUCGGCGCUCCUACACCAUUACUGACGUGAUACCCGGUGUUGAGUACAUGAUAAAGAUCAGAACCAAGGACGAAUAUGAUGGCGACUGGAGCGAAUGGAGUACACCAGUGUAUGGCAGCAGUUGGAGAGCUCCAGUCACAAUGAUUGAAGAUAUGACGACUACAGCGUUUGAAUUUCCAGACAUAGAGGACUCCGGUUCCGGUACACCUUGCUACAGCGGUACUGAGGCAGAUGCAAGCGAAGGGUCACAUAAUGUGCACUGGGUCUCUGGCUUAUUUGUCCUCUUCUUAAUCAUCUUCAGUGUCUACCUUUUCAGACACAAGGACAAAUUUAUUUCUAAACUUCACAGUCAUCACGGCAUCACCAAGUGUGGUAACUUGCCUCAACAUCCACCCUCCACCCAAACACCACCACCUGCCCAAACAGCCCCUGAAGAGCAGGCUCUGGUGACCUUGGCACCUCCGCUUUGCCCAGAACACUUGCCAAAUCAUGAGGAAGAAGACGAGGAAAAUGAGGAAGAACAGAGGACAGGGUCUCUGCACUUCAACAAUACAAGCUAUUUCUUGGUCCAGAGAGAGGGAUGACUGAGAGCCAGAAAAAAAAGUGCCACUUUCUGUCUUUAUUCUGGAUUAUUUUCAUCUUCAGAGUGUUACAGAUGCUAGGGUGACCACAUUUGAGUUUGUGAAAAGAGAACCCUUCAGCGAGGGGACACACACACACACAGAAACACAACGCAAAUUUGAUGUAAACAUGUCUGAGGCUCUAGCAGGACAAAAUCACGGACAAGUUUGAAAUUGUUUUAAAGUUUGAGUUUGACACAUUUUUAGGUCUC